AAACCCGCGAGAGUUCCCCCAGCUUUUCGAAAUCUCGCGGCUCUCCUGGAAGACGUGAGAAACGUUAGACUAAUCGAAAUAAGGGGAUAUUUACUUUUAUGAAUCAACUUGUAACAUAACAAGCAGAAGCGGGAGGUGAAACGGUGUGCUCCGGGGGAUCCAAGAUGUCCGACAGCGACGACAGCGACUUCUCCGACAACCAGAGCGAGCGCAGCAGCGAUGGCGAGGCCGAGGAAGUGGAGAACGAGGAGGAGACGGGCAGCCCCGUGGGCAGCGACAAGGUAGCGGAGGAGGAGGGCGAGGACCUGGAGGACGAGGAGGAGUACGACGAAGAGGAGGAGGAGGACGAUGAGGACCGGCCCAGGAAGAAGCCCCGGCACGGAGGGUUCAUCCUGGACGAAGCCGACGUGGACGAUGAGUACGAGGACGAAGAGGAGCAGUGGGAGGAAGGAGCGGAGGACAUUCUGGAGAAAGCUAACGAAGAGGCUGAAG